AUGAACUACAACAACUCGAUGCCGAUGCCCGGCGCAUUCAACCUCUCUCAACACCGUGACCAAGGUUCUAGGCCUCGAAUCUCUGGCGCACAUUCUCACAUCUUCAGACCACCCAAGGCACGAGCCGAUUCCAUUUCCUCAUCAAUAUACUCUCGCUCUCCCUCCGCCAUGUCCCUCUCCCCAGCGUUAGGCCGACCUUCCAUCUCCGGAAACAGAAAACGAUCUCGAACGGAAGCUGAGUUGCCCCGCGCACCAGAGGAGGAUCACGGAUGGGGUUCGAUGAUGGUGAAUAGCGCGGAAGCGACCGGUGCAGAAGUAUGUCCUGGAUCGCCUCCUCCUCUUGCGCAUACAAGAUAUGUCUUGGCCGGCGGAAUGGAUACACCUACAAUGAAGGCGGCUCAGCUGGCACUACCCGGGAAUGGCGAUUAUAUGGAUGCGGGAUAUAGAAGGUCACUCGGCAGGGAGGAAAAGCGAAUGUUGGGAACUCCGCAGUAUUCAGAUCUGGACGAUUCGACAUAUUUGCAAGCGGAUGGUUUAGGAAGGGAUGCUAAUGGGAGGGGGAGAGGUUGGAUCAGUCCUGGUAAUGGUGGAUGGGGUAGAACUGCAGCACAGGUGGUAGGAGGGGUUGUCGAAAAGGUGUGGGAAUUUUGUAAAUACGGUGGGGCUGCGUUUCGAGGUUUUCAUGCUGGUGGUGGAAAGGGGUAUACGGUUCAUCAGGCAGGACCGGUCUUAACAUACGAGCCUGAUGAGAGCAAUUUCUGGCAACAGAAUGAAAAGUCAACAUGGGGUCCGCCAGACUGUGGUACGCCUUUACCAGGACAGUUCCCAGACGAGAGCCCGAAUUUCGGUUACUCGAGGCCCGAGAGAGACGAUCCUCCAGCGAAAAGACGACAGGUUAGCAGAAGUAAUACACAAGACGAGCUUGCAAAGAAUUGGGUAGUAGUAGCGCCACAAAUCGACAGAGCAGCACGAUCCAAUCCCCCACUGAGAAGUCAACCCAGUUACACCUUACCAACCGCCUCAUCCACAACCAGAAGACCCCUCACAUCCAGCGGUAGACCCGCAUCGCGAGCCGGAUUCACAGCAGCCAGACGACCAUUAGUAACACGAGUAUCGCACGCCGGAUCGCCAGCACUGACACCCAACCGUGGAGCCAGCUUCGCGAGCCCACGUUCCAGCCCAGGUAGCAAGAUUCCUCGACCAACCUCGACGUCCAUGACACCAUCAAAAGCACGGAAGGGAUUCGAUAGUCCUGCGGCGAAGGAGGCACAGCGAUGGGCGGCGUUGAGGAAGAAGGAAGAGAGAGAUGCGGAUGAGAGUAUUCGCCGUCUGGACGAGCAGUUGAAAGCUAUGAUUCGGGAAGGCAAGGAGGCGCUGGGGACGAAGAUCGAGGUGGAAAUGGAGGAUGAUGUUGAUUUGAGUGGUUGA